GUGCAGCAAUCAAGGAAAUUCAAGAAGAGGGACACGGUGCACAUCAGCAUAGUCCAAUCAGGGGUUCGCACAAAGGGCACUUUUAAGAUUGCUAAAGGCCGCCUUAACAAAUCAAAGUCGUACUGGGAGUAUCAACUCGAGGACAGCAAUGGCCAGCCGUACAAGAACGGGGCCUGGAUUCGGGAAAAGGACCUCAAGAUGGAGAGGCGUGGCUGAAGAACGCUGAGUGUAAUGCU